UUUGGCUCCGAUCGCCGGCGCGGAGCCAAUCGGCUCAUCAUUCCACAAUCCUCGUCAUGGACAAGUACAUCGUGCUGAGCAUGGGCGAUGGCAGCCUCGCUACCUGCAGCGAGAAGAAGACGGGCUUGCGCGUCGCCAUGCGCCGGCUACCUGCCCACAAGGCGCACAAGGCCACGCCCCGCAGCGUCCGGCCUAGCGAGAACGCCGAGAUGGAGCGCCGCGUGAGCCGCGCGCUGAGUUCCAAAGGCGGCCACAUGCACGUGCUCAAGCUACUCCGCGACUUUCAGGAGAAUGACAUCGAGCACUUGGUCUUCGAGCACUGCGGCGCCGGCUCGGUCUACGACGUCCUCUGCACGUCGGCGACCAAGCGCUUUAGCCCUGCACGGACCAUGGGCUUGUUUAGCCAGAUCGUUGACGGCGUUGCGUACAUGCACAAGCGCGGCUUCGCGCACUGCGACCUCUCGCUCGAGACCGUGCUCGUGACGGACAAUGGCACGUGCAAGGUUGGAUUCUUUGGCCUCGCAUCCGAGUGUGGCAAGCCCGUGACGCAAGCUGUCGGCAAGUACAUUUACAUGGCGCCCGAGAUGUACAGGGAAGGAACGCCGUUCGAGCCGUCGGCGACCGACGUCUGGGCGCUCGGUAUCAUGCUCUUCAUCAUGCUCACGGGCGUCGCGCCGUUCCGCCAAGCGCGGCGCCUCGACGACCGGUACGAGUGUCUCCUGACGUCCGGCGUCACGGGCCUCGCAUCGCUGCUCCGCGUCGAUCACUUGAUCUCGACGCAAGCCAUGGACGUGCUCUCGCGGCUACUCGUGCCAUCGCCAUCCGAUCGGGCGUCGAUCCUCGAGGUAGCGAGCCACUCGUACUUGGUCGGCGACCAGCGGCAGCCGAGCAAGCAGCGUAGCUUCUUCCAGAAGGUGCUCACGCCGCUCCGGCUACCGACGCGCCGGCAAAGCGUCGAGUGCGGCGACCGGCAGCGCGCGUUUACGACGCCCCAUCGCCUUUAAGACGACCUUUGUAACAUGGACUCCUAUUUAUCA